AUGACCACUCCACUAUCAAUGUACACCAAAGAAGAGCAACGAGCAGUGUUUCGAUUUCUGCGGAAAAUGGGUGUACGAUCAACAGUUCAAGAUACAGCAAUUCGCACCAAACGCGGAACCCUAUUGUUGAAGAAACUUUUGUUAUUGCAUGACGAUGCACACCCACACACGGCUGCCCAUACCGUUGAAACCAUUAACCAAUUGGGUCUUGAGGUGCUGGAACACCCUGCUUACAGCCCAGAUCUCGUCCCUUCUGACUAUCAUAUCUCUGGAUCGCUCAAAGAUGGUUUACGAGGUAUUAGACAGUUUAAGCAUAUAUUCAUUAAAUUUGGCUGA